AUGAAGGGAACAGUCAGCAUCCUGCUGGCCACGGCAGCUUUCAGUACCGCUCAGAUCAUCAACAAUGGCAAUGGAACCUACACCUGCGCUCUUGCAUCGGGUGCAUACUGUGUAUCAUCUUCUCUCGAGAGCAACAUGAUCAUUCGCUGCAACAAUGGUGUUGGCUAUGCCAGCAACUGCGAUGACCGGCUCGCCGACAAGACUCCUCUUGGCUCAUCUUACUCGCCCUGCUGGCAGGCCUCGAGCAGAUCUGGCAACGCACAGUGUUCGAAGAAUGGCAUCAUCUAUCCAGAUGGCAACAACACAACACCUUACCCAGUCCCGAACUACCAGACUAUCAGUGCCAGUAUUUCUAGUGCUGCCACAGCGACCACGCAAGCAACCAAGUGGCCGUACGUUGCCAACUUCACUACAAGCACGACGACCUCGACAUCUACAAACACACACACUACGACCGUUUACAUCUCAGCCGUUCCUCAGGCCGCAUAUGCGAACUCGUCAUCUCCUUACUAUGGCAAUGCGACUCUGGACGGAAGCGCCGAACUUGCGGCCGCUGCCACCUCGACAACAGCAGCAGUGCCUUACCUUCCGUACUUCCCAGCCGUUGUCCUCCCCACUUCCACCCAAUACACAACGGACAUAAUCUACAGCUACACAACCGUGUGUCCAGCUGGAGCAACAAUCACCGACUCCGCAGGCUCUGAAGCCGUGCUGGCAACCNCCUCGACCAUCACUUUGACCACCACUUCUCGCAGCACAAUCACCGCAACUGCAAUUGUCUCUUUGCACUCGCCCGUUUUUGCGUUCGAUGCUUCCAGUACUUCAGCAACCAGCGAAUAUGCACCUGUGGUUACUGCCGUCGCCGCUGCUCCUUAUGCCUGGAGCAAUGGAACAUGGAGUAAUGCUACUACUUUGGCUGUUGUGGGUACUGCUGCACCUGCUCCUGCGGCUUCGGCGUCAGCUUAUCUUCCAACAUGGAAUGAGACUAUGGUGCCGUACACAGGAACUGCGGGCAAGACCGGUGCUUCGUUCGCUGCCGCUCUUGUUGCCUUGAUGGCUUUGGUGUAA